UGCACUGUGAACCAAAGAUUGAUCCAGAGAGAAGAGAAGCUUAACGUUCCAGAAACUUACUAGGAUCCAUCAUUACAACAUCCCUCAUCCGAGUAAGCUUGGGAUAUGAGCGGAAUACUCUCCUUUAAUAAGGGGAAUACCACCACAUCAGAGUAGCAGAGCGCACCUAAGGCCAGUUGUGAGUGGAGCUCCUUCCCCAGGCUCCCCCCCCCUGAAUUCCGGCCAGAAUGUCAAGUGACCCCCCUCCCCCCUACUCUGGGGGCCCCAGUGCCCCUCUCGUGGAGGAGAAGAAUGGACAACCUGUCGGACAGCCUGCAGCCUCGGCCGAAGCUCCUUUAACUGUGGGCCCUCCCCAGGGACAGCCACUACCACCAGACUAUGGUCCUCCACCCUAUGAGGCCAGUCUACAGCCAGGCUUCCUGCCCCCACACGUCCCAGGUGAUGGGCCCAUGCCAAUGCCCAUGUUGUCACCACACGGUGGCUUCCCUGCUCCUCCUGGUCACUUUAUCCAUCCACCACCAGGUCAUUUUGGCCCUGGGCCGGUUCAGUUUGGCCCUGGGCCUGGUCAGUUUGGCCCUGGGCCGGUUCAGUUUGGCCCUGGGCCGGUUCAGUUUGGCCCUGGGCCUGGUCAGUUUGGCCCUGGGUUUGGCCCUGGGCCUGGCCACUUUUAUGAAGGACAUGCCACCACCGUCCUGUCACCUCAGGCUGCAGGCGCCAGAGUCACCGUCCUGCAUGGGGAGAUUUUCCAGUCCUUGCCGGUGCAGACUGUGUGUUCACACUGCCAUCAGGCUAUUGUCACCCGCAUCUCUUACGACGUCGGCUUGAUGAAUACACUCUUCUGCCUCUUCUGCUUCUGUGUGGGGUGUGAUCUGGGAUGCUGCUUGAUUCCCUGUCUGAUUGAUGACCUCAAGGAUGUGACGCACACCUGCCCCAACUGCAAAGGCCACAUCUACACAUACAAGCGUAUAUGCUAACCCCCGACAGACAUACUAUAAAAACAUGGAUAUGCACACUUAGAAGCUCACAGCUCAGACAGCCUUUUUUUGCUCAGUAUUUUGUGCUUCAUUUAGCUGUCCUCUUAACAGUCUCAUUUUAUGAAUUACCCUUUAUUGAUUACCCUGCACUUGUUCCUAACUUUCAGAUUAACGUCCUUUGCUAUGUACAUGCAUCCAGUUACAAUGUAGAGACCUCAAACACGGUUUAUUAGUGGUUAAAGGAGAAACAUACAGAGAGAACUGACAGACGUGGUAAAUAUUGCACACUUAUGAAUUCCAAAUGAAGGACCAGGGGACAAAAUGGUACGUGUUGCAUGUUUUAUGCGUGCUAUUGGAAAAAGGUGUGGGAUUUUAGUCCUUUAAAAUGGGAGAAGGCAAUUGUGCAAAGCUGUGAAAAUUGUUGUUUACUAAAAAUCAGCUGUGAAUCUUGCUGAGGCAAAUUUGUUAAGACAGCACUUGCAGGGUCAGUACUUAAGUUUUUAGUGUAAUUAUUUUAUCUUAUUUUAACACUAUCCAUAUAUGUAUAUAUAUAUAUAUAUAUAUAUAUAUUAUAUAUAACAUCAUGUUAAUAUUGAAGAAUCUAAAGGUUUCGUUUAUGUCAAAUUAUUUUCAGAGAAUUA